CAGGCCACCGUAUGGAUUUCUGAAAUAUCCUUAAUGGAGAACUGUAUCCGGUAAGAAGAGGGACCGGACUACUGUGGACAGGAAGUAGAGACCCUGAAACAGGAAGUAGAGACUGGAGUGCUGCGGACAGGAAGUAGAGACCCUGAAACAGGAAGUAGAGACGCUGGUGCACCUGGCGCUCAAACACUCGGCAACAUGUCAGAUGCCAUCCUCACUUUCCAAGUGCAGCUCUCCGCUGUCAUGGAGACGGUGCUGAAGUCGGCCAUGUAUGAGAUCACCCGGCUGGUGGAGGACAGCUUCCUGGAGGAAGUGGCUCGGAGCAAACAGGAAGUGGAGGCCUUGAGGCAGAGGCUGCAGUGGUGGGAGAGCCGGCGCAGGGAGCGAGAGAGCGGCGGGCGAGCGAGGUGUGUGGACUGCGGCAGAGCCGGAGUUUCCAGCCAGGAGACGGAGGACCCGCCCUCAGGAACACCGUCCGGAGCCGAAGGAGCCCCUCCUCUUCCUCUCAGUAAGGGCUGUGGAGAGCCAGAGUGGAGCCCUGCUGUGAGGCAGGACACAGCGCCCUCUUCAGACAGCCUCCUGGCAGAGCAGAGCAGCAGAGCGGCCGCCGGGGAGAGCUGUGGCUCGUACGAGUCGCAGGGACAGGAAGGCUCCGCCCGCAGCCUCAGUCUGGCUGGGCCUCAGCGCUGCGGCAGACACUGGCAGCGCCCGGCCUGGACCCCCUUUAAACUCGGGGACAGUGACAGUGAGCCAGACGGGCUGGACCCCUCUUACGCUGCAGAACCAGAGCCAGCCAGUCCGCCGGCCCAGAGGGAGCCGCAGCCCCGCCCGGCUGAGGAGGGGGCGGGGCACAGCGCCUCCCCUCUGCAGUACCUGAAUGUGAAAUGGGAAGGGGGCGUGGCAGACGCGCCGCUCGUUAAAGAGGAGGCGGAGAUGCAGCCCGUGUGCAGUGAGGAGAUGAGAUGGGACGCAGCUCACAGAGAGCCCUGGGACAGAGGAGACCUGCAGGUGGCGUGUCUGCAGAGUGGCGGGGCCAGGAAGACCCAUGCCCAGAGGCAGCGGGAGUACCGGGCACGGGUGAAACUGGACCCCAGCCGGUACCAGGAGCAGCGGGCGUCGGAGACGCUGCGGGUCAGGAUGUUCCGGCAGCGGCGCAGCGAGGAGGCGGUGCGGCGGGACCGGGAGAUGGCCCGGCUCCGGAUGAGGGAAUACCGCUCUCGCAAGAGACAGACCGAGGGCCCGGACGAGAGGGCGGGGCCGGAGGGGGGCGUGGCCAUGGCCCUGCUGUCAUAG